GAUCUUCUGAACUGAAAUACAGCCGCUCUCACUCUCACGUUUCAAACCAGAGAUUUUCCCAGCGCUCCAGCAGCAGGUCAGUGUGGUGCCAUCGGAGCUGAUGGACUGUCUUGAGGAUCAGUUCCCAGACUUUCUGCUCAACGAAUGUAUCGGCUGUCGGACGACAUGCAAACAACGACAAGUCAUCCCCAGAUGCACCAGUUACUGUGAGCAUGCAAACUGUACAUCUCUGCCUGGCCACUACUAUGAUCUGCUGCUGAAGAAGUGUUUGAGGUGUGCCGAUGUUUGUGGAAAUCAUCCUGCAGAAUGUUCUCUGCACUGCCACACUACGACCACCAGAAAGCUCCUGGUUGAAGUACCUUCCCCCUCAGAGGAUACUAAAGGCCUCUCAGUGGACUCCACCAUCCUGCUGUACUCUCUGCUGGCUCUCUGCAUCAUGCUGCUGCUCUCCAGCUUAUCUCUAGCGCUGGCCGUCUUAGUGAGGGGCGGAAAGGCUAAAACCUCCAACCAAAAACCCAAAGAGGCGAAACAGAAGCAGGGGAGGGAGGUGCAGACGUGGGAGGAGGUCAUCCAACCAGGGAGGAGCUCUAAAGAUUUUCCAACAUAUUCAAACCAAUCCACAGAUGAUACAACGUACGACUCCUGCCCCACAGAGACCUGUGUGUGUGUUCACUGUUUCCCCGACCUGAAAACAUUCGGAAACCAGAGAUCUUCUUUCUCAGUUCCCCAGCAGCAGAGAGCUCAGACACUAAAACCAGGACCCGUCUGGAUCAAUCAGAACCAAAACCUCUCUGGAGUCCAGCAGCAGCAGGAGGCUGCAGUGGGAUGGGGAUGAGGAGGUUUAGCAAAAAACUAAGAAAUCCAACGUCGGUUUAAAGGUCCCCUAUUAUACUGUUUUUCAUCAUUAUCUUAAA